AUGUCUUCAUACACUUCCGUCUCAUCACAUUCAGUCGACGCUCAAGCUCAACACUCGCAAGAAGAGGCCGACUUGCUCUCCCUGAACACACAUCACAUAUACAACCCACAAUUUGACCCUACUCUCCUGUCUCCAUACAAUCAACCGCACACAUACAGUAAUUCUCCAAGUCCAUACGACAUUGGCAGUACACCAGUCGAAAGUCUAUCCGAAUACAGCAACUUUGGUAGCGACUAUAGCGAUUUCGAGGACGGAUUCUUUACAGUGGACCUCGACGCUGGCGUACAGCGAAUAGAUUCACUUCCCUCAAGCCUCACAACAUACCCGACAGAUACAUAUACAAACGUUAUACAGGAGAGAUCUACAAUCAUCGAAAGCCAAAAAUCAUCAGAAGCUCCAACAGCUUCAACCUAUCCUCUUAGCCCCAAGGAUACAAGUAUUCCAAACACACCAUCUCCCAGAAGUGUAGUAGAUGGCAAAGUCCACUCAAUCAUAACACAUCACGAAAUAGAAAUCGACAACGAACUAAGUCAAUCGGGAUUUCCUUUCCCUGAAUUUACAACGACACUCAAUGCACUGCAACUGACACCAGACAACAGCGGCAGCAGUCACAAUAGCGCCGAAGGUGUUGAGCCAACCAGCAUGCCUUUUCGCACCCAUAGUCCGCAUGUAACCGUUUCGCAUUGGGCUGAAGAACAAUCGUCGACUCGGCGUACUUAUGCGCCGGAUCAGAAUCAAUAUGGGGAGCAGAUAAAUACCAAUUCGAAUAACUAUCAAUAUCCAUCCCAAAACUUUGGCCAGGGCUCGAGACCGACCGCAUCGCGGAAUGACGAAGGGUUGUGGAUACCAAAUUAUACAACAGGUCAGACUGGACUGGACCCUGAGAGUCGAAAAAUGAUCUUAGAUACCGAAAUCCCCAAUUUGAAGGAACAAGAAGAGCACCGCCAUGUCAAUGGCACGAACAUACAGGUGCAACUCUGGCGCCAGAGAGGCAAUUCAACUAGCGAUCCAAAUGUACCGAGAUCCAGAGAUUCGACUUAUGCUGUACAAGCUGAGCAGGCUGGGGUUAAUCUGGCGCCAGUAGACGAUGCCGCAAGUAUCAGAGAAAACAGAUUUCUCGAUGGGCAAGUCUAUUACAAUAUCAAAGGCGAAUCUCCGACCGAUGUGGAUCUAAGAUUGAUGAGCCAGCCCCGUCAAUUCAACGAUGCUCCCGCAUUACCAUAUAUGACAGUCACCGACUUUCAAGCACCAUCUACGGCAAACGAUGCCAUCCAAAAGUGGAAUGGGAAUGCAGAUACCAUCUCAAUGAUGUCACGUGCAGCAACUUGGGGCACGCGACGAAAUAGUGAAUCAAGUUUGAAUGAUUAUGAAGCCGUUGCUAAUGGUAGCUUUCUCAAGAAACUAUCAAUCAAGUCAGAGAAGAAAGCAUCAGGGCUAUGGCCUAGCUUUUCGAGCUUGGGACAACGCGCCGUGACUCGUGUGAGAAGUAAUAGCAACUUGAGUAAGAGAGCUCGCAGCUCCUCAAACGUGCAAGAUACCACGACAGAGAUGAACUCAAAGCAGAACAACUCAAAUAGUCUAGCGCCGCCCCCGAGAACCUCCAGCUUUGGUAAAUCUAAGAAGCCAACACCAAGUCUCAACACCGCAUUAGCGGCAAUGACUGGAACGGUAGCUGCCGUCGGUACAAGCGCACAUCAUCCUCCGCAUACUCGCAAUGGCUCUUCGAGCGCAGCAUCUCCCAAAAGCCCUCUUCUAAAUAUACCUUUCCUUAGCCGGAGUAGAAGUAAGAGCGAUCUGUCGGUUCGAGAAGGCGGAUCUGCCACUUCCGUGUCUGCAAUUGGUGAACUCUGGAAAAGGCAGGGUGGCCCACCCGUUCCAACUUUGGCUCCUCAAUCAUCAGUUGAGCCCGAGUCUGCCAUUUCCACCAUCAGAUACUACCCAGAGCCAACUGACCAGGAUGAAGAGGGGGAAGAGGAUGAUGAGCAAGGCGAUGAAGGUGACAUUAAAAUGGAACAUGCACAAUCAGAACCAAUCAUACCUACCUACGAAGGGUUCAAAGAGCACGUACGGCGGCUGAAUCCAGAUAUGAAUUCAAAGUUCAAUUGGCUUGUCAGUCGCAUUGCUCGUCAGCAAGAAAUUCGAUACAAGCAUCUACUAAAUCAACGGGUCGAACAUAUGCAAGCCAUCGUAAAUCGCAACUGUUCAGCUGGACCACAUUGCAUUGCACUGGGCGGAAGUGCUACAUUAUUUAACGCCAAGGGAAAAGCUCGGGAGAAUGAGCGGAGCGCUGGCGGGUUGCAGCUUGUCACAGACUUUUCCGAUGAUUCAAAUCCUGGUGAUGGUGCUCUUACAAGCGAUACUUUCCCCAGAGGUGUUCCAUUGCCGCCAACUCGGAAUCUUCCCGCACAUUUUGAAUGUCAAUUGUGUUUCAAAGCUAAGAAGUUCUACAAACCUUCCGAUUGGACGAAGCAUGUCCACGAAGAUGUUCAACCAUUCACUUGUACUUAUGACAAGUGUAGGGAGUCAAAAUCUUUCAAACGGAAAGCCGACUGGGUUCGCCAUGAGAAUGAGCGACAUAGGCAUUUGGAGUGGUGGACUUGUCAAGUAGAUGAUUGCAGACAUCAAUGUUUUCGAAAAGACAAUUUUCUGCAGCAUCUAGUUCGUGAGCAUAAGUUACCAGAGCCCAAACAAAAGACAAAAGCAGCUAUCAAGAAGGCGAAAAAUACUGAGCUAGCCUGGGGCAUGCUGGAAAGAUGCCACCACGAAACGGAAAAGAAGCCACAGGACGAGCCGUGCAGAUUCUGCGGAAAAGCUUUCACCACUUGGAAAAAGCUUACUGUUCAUUUGGCAAAACAUAUGGAGCACAUCAGUCUACCUGUUCUUCAACUUGUUGAACAGAAGAAUGUUGAUGCUGAUACGAUAAUCAGCCCAGUUGAACAAAAUCUUACUCCAAUAACUCCAAUUGGCAGAAGCAAAUUAGAAGACUCACGUUCCUACGGCAUGGGAAAUAUUUCACCCAACAUCCCUAUGGUCCCUCAGUUCAGCGCUGGCUUCCACCAACCUGCAUUCUAUUCAACUUCGGGCCCUUCAACCACAUACGGCAUGCAAAACUCGAUGACGCACACCUCAAUAGGACAAGAUGUCCCAAAUGACCAGUUUCCAAUGUUUUCCAAUGCGUAUAAUGUUCAGCAGAUGAAUCAGUCACGCCAGUUUGGUUCGAUGGACUCUGCUAACCUUGGCAGCAUGCAUCAUACACCGGCCUACAAUUCUAUCGAUACCGACUUUGUCAACAGUAAAUUUGAUCAAUCCCACUCUGCUUUUGGUGCAAUCGAUACUAGCUUCAACCAAAAUAAGGUUGACCAACCUCGCUCUGCGUUUGGUUCUAUCGGAUCGAAUACCUAUCAGAUGCAAUCCAAUCAGAACUUCAACCACACACCUCACUCUGCUAUCGAUUUCUCGAUGGGUCAAUCUUUCGUCACGACCUCCCCUCCGGUGUCAGCAUAUCAAGCUCCACAUAUGCUAGACAUGACGGAUACCAAUACCUUUGGCUUUGAUUCCUUGACUGUCGGGCCCAUGACCAAUUUUCAACAAGUACCGAUGAGUCGUGCUCAAAGUAGCUCUUCUUCCUACGGUCAAUCUCCUCAAAAUAUGCAGCAUUCUCCCCAGAACAUGCAAUAUUACGGCCACCAAUGA